CGAAGCUGUGGUAUUAUUCCUUCUUGCCAUAUGUUCUUAUUAAUACUCUUGUAACUCUUCUUUAAGGUUUGUUUAGAUGGGUUUUGCUGUAACAGUGUAUGUCCCCAGUUUAACGUUAAAGUCCCUAAUUAAAGUUAUGGAAUAUUUUAUUAAAUAACUAAUGGAUAAAAGUAGAGUGCUGCCAUUGUGUUUGUCGAACGUACUAAUUUCCUCUUAAGUUUCUAUCGGGCUUCUAAGCUUUGGAGUGUGUGUGUAAGCCAAAAUGGCGACAAGUGAUGAUGAACCAAUGCAUCUUUACGAAGUGUUUCAGAAUUGCUUCAAUAAAAUUACGAAUUCAAAAAAUGAUAAAGCUGGAUUCCAGUCGCCUUAUUCCAUGGAUAAUGGAAUGGGGGCAGCAGCAGUGGCUGCAUACCCUGCUGGCGGAGGGUACGCCUCGGGAACCGAAUCUUUCUCACCAGAGUCUCCGUACUUCCCUUUCAGCACAGCGCCAACGUCCCGGAGGAUUAGCUCCACCCCCGGGACGGCAGUUAAAAGAAAAAGAGAGGUGAUAGAUUCUGCCGCUGCGGAGCCAGUUGAAGGGGCAGCAACACAAAAUUGGUACACGGGUAGUGGAGCUGAAGAUUAUCCUGGAGAUGACUCCCCUCGGUAUACAUCUCCCAAAUCGGCAACGGGAACAGUUUACCAACCUGGUGAACCACCUUUUUACCUCGAAAACGGUGCUAGUAACGGAGGCGGAGAGACCUGGACAGGAGGCCCUCCGUAUUAUACAGCCCCCAGUGCGACCCCUGGAUACCCCACUCCUCACCAUGAGUCGAUCGGUGGAUACGUGCGGAGUGUCUCUCCUACCAGAGACCCAUUACCACCGAUGUCCUCGCUUCGAGCUCCCCAUUCUCCUCCUGUAGUGUUUCUUCCAGGUGGAGCUCAACCCCCUGGCGAUACGCUAGUUGGAAAAGCCCUAGCCUCAAUAUAUCCUACUGAACAGAGCGCAAGCAGUUACAGUAGUAAUCCAUCUACACCGGUCAGUUCGCCGCCCCCGCUCGGGCAGCAGGUUAGCGGAUGGCAAUCGCCGCACUUCCCUCCUCCGCCACAGGACAGGCCAACGCCAUCCCAACCUCCGAUUCAUAUGGCAGCCCCUGAGCAACAGAGAUUCGAUGAUGCGAUUGGGGUCCUACGGGACCAUGCCGAGGGUGCCAGAAUGGAAGAACGGUUAGAUGAUGCAAUUAACGUCCUAAGAAAUCACGCAGAGAGUCAACAGCUGAUAGCACCGGGGCAUUGUCCACCGGGGCCUUUAUACCACAACUCAAUCGACUUGGCUGCCGCUAGUCACGCUGUAUAUGCUGGAAUACCUCCAGGAGAGUUAGACCCUGCCACUGCCGUCAAAUUAGAAAGGUUAACCAAUGCAAGUUAUUUUGUUUUAGAAAAAAGGAAAGAUGCACCAGAUUGUGAAUCGAAGCCAAGUUCGAGUGACCUCCUCGUCGGUUCACCUGGCAGCAUCGGAGGAAAAGGCGUCAAGAGAGUGCGAAGAUAUUGUUCGAGUAUAGAAGAUGAAGAAGAAGAUGUUAACGUGAAGGCUCAUCGGGAAAAGGAGCGGAGGCAGGCGAACAACAUCAGAGAAAGGAUUAGGAUACGAGAUAUUAAUGAAGCACUGAAAGAGCUUGGUAGAAUGUGCAUGGCGCAUCUGAAAACUGACAAGCCGCAGACCAAACUUGGAAUUCUCAACAUGGCAGUUGAAGUCAUCAUGUCUUUAGAACAGCAAGUUAGAGAGCGGAACCUGAAUCCGAAAGCAGCAUGCUUGAAGCGUCGGGAAGAGGAGAAGUCGGAAGAAGGCCCCAAGCUGAGCCACUUGAUGACCCCACACCUCGCUGCUCCCGGAUUCACGCAAGCGACACAACCCCCUCCACCCCACAUACCUCCUCAGUAGCCUCUGUGAAUAAUAGAGAAGAGGCUGCCUAUUUUAUGAAGCCUUAAUUGUAUAUAACAUAUGAAACAUUGUGAUGUACGUUUUAUAUACAUUAAAAUAUCAGAAGAUAUAUAAAUAUAUGUAAAACCUGUUAUCUUUGGAAGCUUAUUAUACGGUCCCCACUGCUUAAAAGUGUCGGCUUUUUACCUUUGUAGUAUGUCGGCAGCGCCUCUUCCGCCCGAGCUCUGGCUCCUUUCAGUUGUUUUCAAACUAAGCGUGAUAUAUUUUUUUUUAUAAAUUUUAUAUAUUAUUAAAUUAUGAAAUUUAUAAAAGACUUGAAUCACAUCCUAUUCCUCUCUAUUUUGACAAUUUUGGUGCCUUAAAUAACGAGAUGUCAUGACAUAUAUGUAUAUAUGUGCGCGCGUGUGAGUGUAUGUGUGUGUAUAAUUGUAAAAUAUAUUUAUUGAUAGCGAGGCGGACGGAGGAGGCCGGGACCGCGAAUACACUGGUAUAUAUGUGAUGAUUAUUGUGCGUACCGUGCACUGUUAGUGUUUAUUAACAUUUUAGGGGGGCAGGCUUUUUAUUUUCUAUAGCUCUCUUCCCUCCUUGAAAUAAUUGUAAAUACAUUUAAGCUAUUUUAUUAUAAAAGUAUUAUGUUUUAUGAUAUGAUGUAUAAAAUUGAAUAGUAUACAUAUACAUAUAUAAAUAUAAAUAAGCAUUAUUAAGUGGUCAGAUAAUAGCUCUUAUGAUGAUAUUAUUGCCUUUGAUUAGACAAAAGAGAGAUUUAUAAUUUUUACGAUCCGUUACGGAGUUGUUGUCGACUCCGGUGGUAGACUGCUUCAUAAUUGUACAUUCCCUCGUCUUCCUUUCUGACCUCUGAUCAUCGGCAAUGAGAGAUGUAUGUUUAUUAUGUAUAUGAUUUAAUUGAAGGCAGGAGAGAGACUGGGCUUCCAGAUAUAUCUGACUUCCGCCCCCCUUCCCUCCCCCCACCUAUGCGAUAAAACAAAUCAAAAAUUAAGUGUUUCGCUCUUAGCUGCCCGAUUAUAAGUAUUACCAAUGGACUGUAAAUAUUUAUGUGAAAUUUUUAUAGUUAAUAGAUUUGUUAAAUUAAUUUUUUUUUUCUUAUAUUGAAUAUCGCUGAUCUGAAUCCAUUUUGCCCAUUCAUAUUAUUUAUUUUCCUCGUUAUGAUUUGAAGAUGCAAAUUGGGUCCAGAUACACCUUUAUUCUUAACUAAUCAUAAGCAGGUAUAAUUUUAGAAUUAAAUGAAAACUUUAGUUAUUUAUAAUUUAUGAAAUUUGCUUUAGAGCUUUUAGAAGUGAAUAGCCAUUUUAAGACAGUAGAUUUUUUUUCUUUCUUUUUAAUUACUGUAACUUAUCAUAUAAUGAUAAAAAUGAAAUAAAUCAAAUGUAAUAAUGUGAUGAACUUGAUUUCAUUGUCUGUGUAAUGACGUUGAAUUGCCUUUUGUACAUAAAAAAAGCUUUAAGUGAUACCAAGAUUCACCAGAUGCCAAAUCACGAGUCCUGAAAAUUGUAUUUUAUAUUUAAUUAUGUGUAAUUAAUUGAUUUAGGCAAUAUUAGUUUUGUUUUUAAAACAUUUGCUGUUUGUUUAUUAUUAUUUUUUUUCUCAAAAUGUUAUUAAUGUAAGUUUUGAUUAGUAUUAUUCACUCUUGCCAUACAUUUUAUUAUUAAUAAUUAUUAUAGCUUAUUUUAUUAAUUCUAUUUCAUUCUUUUUUAUUAAUUUAAUAUUAUAAUUUAAUGAUAAAUGUCCUUAGUUAAAAGAUAGAUAAAUUUUUGUGUAUAUAUAUCCUUUUAUUCAUCUUUAUCCAUUAAGAGCGAAAACUACUUAAUAUGUAUUUUUAUAAGUAUAUACAUGUAUAAAUAUAAUAUAACUGAUACAAAUUUCUUCAAUAAAAAAUGAUUUAAGAAAAUCCUCAAAAUAAUGGUUAUAUAUAAAAGAAAAAAAAAUUAAAUGUAUAUUUACCAAAUGAAAAUCAAAGUUUGUGAUUGAUAACUGUAAAUAUAGAAUGAACUUGAAUAACUGAGAAAGUGGAAAUUGUUAGUCGUAUAUGACUGCGUUAAGCAGCCAAUGCAGCUGCUUAUACAUAUGCAUAUAUAAAUAUAUAUAUGAUGUACAAUAUAUGCCCAUUUGUUUGUCUUUAGCUUUUUGUUUUAGUUUUAUUGGUUUUAAAAUUAAUUUUAAAUAAAAAAUCUGUAUUUCCAAAAAAUGAAAAAUAAUUUUAGAAGAAAGUUCUAUGUAAAGUUUUUUUACUUUACAUGUUGUAUAAAGUUAUUCUAUAAAGGAUAAUAUUAUUGUAUUUUUCAUUUAUGUAUUAUGAAAUGUGUGUUGGUAAAAAAAAAAGAAAUUUAGAUAUUAAAUUUAUAAAAUGUUUUAUUGCACAAACCAUUACAAAUCAUGAUGAUGUAUUUAUUAUUAUUUUUACUUUACUUUUUUUCUUUUUAUGUUAAUCAAAAAUUAAACGUAAUGAUAUCUUAAAAGAACAGGAAUAGCUUAUUUGGAUAUUAUUUUUUGUUCAUUAAUGUUUCACAUCAUGAAAUUUAAGUAAUUAUUAGUUUGCUUUAAUAGGAUUUGAUACAAGAAAGAAUUUUUACUUUUUAUUUAAAUAGCCUGUAAUGUGGUUGACUCCUAUUAAUGUAAAAUAGAUUUGACUACCAGAAUCUCUUCUAAAAGUCUUUGAAGGCACACUCAUUACGGUAAGAGCAAUAAAUUUAAUAAUCGAGUAAGUGUAUUAAGAAUUCUCGAGACUAAAAAGCACUACACCACUUAAAAUUUAAUUUAAUUUCCAUUUCGGUUAUUAGAGGGGUGCUACUUAAAUCAACUGAAGGUGAAUUGACAGCCAAAACUUAAUGAAAAUAAAAUUUUAAGUUGUAAAGUUCUUUCAUAUUUAGCAUAAAUAUAGUAAAAAGUAGUUGCUAAACUAAAACUAAAGUUUAAAAAUUAUGAUGAUAU